UGUUUCCUGUCAGCGCUUGGGGUCCCGGCGCUCGUCGCGCGCCACUCUCUGCCCCUCCCCCCUCGCAGAGUGCCUCGCGCCCAGUUGUGAGGUCGCGGGCUCGCGCACGCCCCCAACCGUCCCCCGAAGGUGCCUGGCGCUCGGCGGGGCGCGCUCUUUUCCCCAGUCGCCUGUCUGGGCGAACUCCGCCUGCUCCCGGUGCCCCUUCGGCCAGCGGAGAGCCGGGUUGGUCCGUGAGCCGGGGCGCUGCAGCGCUCCGGCACCGGGUCUCCUCUUGUCCUGAGUGGGCUUGUUCCAGCUGGGGCACUGGAUUUGCUAAAGGAGCUUAAGAAUAUACCUAUGACCCUUGAGUUGUUACAGUCCACAAGAAUUGGAAUGUCAGUGAAUGCAAUACGCAAGCAAAGCACAGAUGAAGAGGUUACAUCUUUAGCAAAAUCUCUCAUCAAGUCUUGGAAGAAGCUAUUAGAUGGACCAUCAACUGAUAAAGACUCUGAAGACAAGAAAAAGGAACCUGCAUCUUCAUCACAAAACAGUCCUGAAGCAAGAGAAGAAAGCAGUUCCAGUAGCAACUCCAGCAUCAGGAAAGAGGAGGCUAAUGCUUCGUCAGAUUCCUUCAUCCCUUCUUUUCCUCGGGCUCCAAGUACUUCAGAUUCUGUACGAGUGAAAUGUAGAGAAAUGCUGGCUGCUGCUCUCAAAACAGGAGAUGACUACAUUGCUAUUGGUGCUGAUGAGGAAGAGCUGGGAUCUCAGAUUGAAGAAGCUAUAUAUCAAGAAUUGAAAAACACUGACAUGAAAUACAAAAAUAGGGUACGAAGUAGAAUAGCAAAUCUCAAGGACACAAAGAACCCUAAUCUAAGAAAAAAUGUAUUAUGUGGGAACAUACCUCCAGACAGGUUUGCCAAAAUGACAGCAGAGGAGAUGGCAAGUGAUGAGCUGAAAGAGAUGCGUAAAAAUCUGACCAAAGAAGCUAUCAGAGAGCAUCAGAUGGCUAAGACAGGAGGCACCCAGACUGACCUGUUUACAUGUGGCAAAUGUAAAAAGAAGAAUUGCACUUACACACAGGUUCAAACCCGCAGUGCUGAUGAACCUAUGACAACAUUUGUUGUCUGUAACGAAUGUGGAAACAGAUGGAAGUUCUGUUAGAAGAAACAACUGUCAAGACACCUGGACCAGUAUGAAAGAGGAUUUUGUAAUUAGCUUUAAGAACUAGGCCAGGCAUGUAGGUUCCUGCAAACAAGAACUUUUUUUUUUUUUUUUUUUUUUUAAAGCGGCAUACAUCCCUGGAGUUAACCUUUGUUUUUUGACACAACUUUCUUAAAUGCUUUCCUAUAGUUAAUAGUCAGUAGGGCCCGGAUGCUCAAUUGUACGGUGUAUGUUUAAAAUAUUUUUUCAUUUUUAUAAGUAAGUUGACAUUAAACUUUUAUCAAUAAACUUUUGGUAACUGAA